AUGAACUCACUGGCUACUUUCUGCCUUGACCAUCAAGCUUGGCUUGACGGGUACUCACCAUACUCAGAUCUCAUGGGGGAAGACUGGUUUACACCGGAAGUUGAGCCUGACCUCGAAAUUCUGCUUCGAACCAUUGAAACUGUGAAAAUACCUCAGGGUACGAUGGAUCAGGAAGAAUGUCGCAACUUCCGUCAGCGAUGGCAGGAUACAAUUCGGGUCGAUCCUUCCAAUAUCGACGCCCACAUCGCAAUUCUACUUACAUGCCUGCCCAAACUGAGCACCUUGAUCGUGUACACGAUGGAGGAAUCCUUCGAUUCUAUUGAAGGGUUCGUGGGACCGGUGAAUCUUGUCGAGUUUCAUGCCUUGAAAUCACUGCAUAUUAACCCCAGGCAUCUUGUUGGAGACUGCCCGGGCGAAUGGGCGGAGGAGGAUGACCCUACCACCUGGGUGGUCAAUGCCCCCAUCCCAGUGUACAAGAGGCUCCCAGAUUGCCUCGAGGUGCUACACAUCAUGGCACCCAAGGAACAGGAAGAAGUCAAACUUGUCGCCCAGAGCGUGCGUGAUAUCAUCAAGAUCCGACUCGAAGCGCCUCCCCCUUCCAGGGAUGCCUCGGCGCUUGACAUUCCGACUUUGCAGCAAGAGGCAAAGGAUGCUGGGAUGAAGCUGCAGAAGGUGAAAUACACUGCACGCUAUCACGAAGCGUGGAUUUGA